AAAUGUCAUUUUUUUAUAAGACGCCAUGUUUGUUUACUACUAUUUUUAUUUCAAAUAAGAAAACACAAAGAGUAGUAUUAUAUUACGGACAAAUUGAUUUUAAUGUGAACAUCCUAGGAAAAGUUAAUUGAAAUGGAUUUCCCAACAACACACUCGAAUGCAUCAGACAGUAAUGAAUAUCCAGGAGUAACGGUUCCUCAUUACGAUAGCACUCCUCAAGACAAUAAUAAACGUCGAAGUUCAUCUAGAUCUAUAAAACGUCGCCGCUUUGACGACGAAUUGGUGGAAUACAGUCUGGGCUUGCCUGGUGCGUCGUUGGGCAAAGGAGAAAAGAGAAUACGUACUCAGUCCUACACAAGUAUAUUACCAGAACUUUCAAGUAUAAGUGGAGCUCUUGCGACGCCCGCCACACCAGCACAAGAAAGAAGAAGAACCUCUAGUAAAAUAUCUCAUGGGGGAAGUGUAGGACGAAAAUCGAGACGCAAAGGCCAACUUAGUCAGUUGUCUACAAAAGAUUUAGGACGCUGGAAGCCCACUGAUGAUUUAGCUUUAAUUUUGGGUGUGCAACAGACAAAUGAUCUACGUACAGUGCAUCGUGGAGUUAAGUUUUCAUGCCGUUUCACAAUUGGGGAGCUUCAAUCACGAUGGUAUGCGCUGCUAUAUAAUGCAGAAAUAUCGAGAGUGGCAGUAGCUGCUAUGCGCAACCUACACCCAGAUUUAGUGGCAGCAGUACAACAGCAGGCUUUGUAUUCUACAGCAGAGGAAGAGUUGUUAGGAACGUUACCUAGUACUUCACACCCUGCUCCAGAGAAGUUCCAAGAGUUGUUGGAUCAGAAUCCUCAAGUGUUUUAUCCAUCUCGUACAGCAAAAGCUCUAAUGACUCACUGGCAACUUUUAAAGCAGUAUCAAUUGUUGCCUGACCAAACUGUACAUCCAUUACCUAAAAAUCAAGAUGAUAAAGUGAUUACAUUUUCUGAUGCUGAAGAAACUAUAAAUGACUCUGAAUUGCCUGACUUCAAAGAAGAUGGCAUUGAUGUUGAGAUGCAACUGGCAGAUAGGGUGGAGAAAAAGGACAUUCGUUUGUUAGAGAACUCGUUGACCCGGUGGCAAGUACUGGUCCAAUCUGUGGCGGGCGGUGGUAUGGAACUAGACAAAAAUACUCUCGCCGUACUCCGGGGACGACUAGUGCGAUACCUCAUGCGCUCAAGAGAGAUUGCCGUGGGUCGCAGCACCCGUGACCACACUAUCGACGUUGACCUGAGCCUCGAAGGGCCUGCGGCAAAGGUGUCGAGGAAACAGGCGACAAUUCGUCUUCGCAACAGCGGUGAUUUCUUCUUGUCAUCGGAGGGCAAGAGACCUAUAUUUGUAGACGGUCGACCGAUACUACAAGGCAACAAAGUCAAACUCAACCAUAACAGUGUCAUUGAAGUACGUAAAAAUUUAUCAUAUUCUAACAGUAAUAUGUACGCGCGCAUUAACAGAAAUUAACUUAAGUAAACGAUUUUCAACGUAAUAUUUAACGCAUUAAGGUUAAAAUUCGUUAGAUAAAAUUUCUC